GGGUUGCCACGUGACGGGGCGGGGAGGAGCACGUGAGAGGCCACAGCCUGCCCUAACCGUGAGGGCGCUAGGCCUGGCAGGCGCGGUUGGACCCCCGAGAACGUCCCUCCUCUCGACUGUCCCAGCUGACCUGGCCCCCCACCACCGUGGUCUCCUGCUCCAGCUUCUUGUGCCCCAUCUUCUGAAGCUGCCUCGGAGGCUCCUUCCCGUGCCACGGCUUCCUGUGGCUGCUCUUCAGGUUCUUGAGACCAGGGCUCCCAGGAGUAGGCCUCCAUCACAGCCCGCGGGGUAGGACCAAAAGCUGCCUUUUACCGAGCCUCAAGUGCAGCCUCCUGGACCACCUCCUUCUCCACUCAGGGCCACAGCUCUGCAACCCCACAGUGGCUUUAACUUCCAAAUCACUGAAGAGGCCCAAGAUGCAGAUGCCCAGGGACUCGUUCCCUACUGACUGGAGCCCACCUCCUGUAGAGUUCCUAAACAAGCCCAAGAAAGCACCUCCAGCCAAAAAGGGACCCCUUGAGGACUUGGAGAAGGACCCUCCAGAUCCCAACCAGAAGGUGGAGCUGGCCUCUCUGGAGGAGCUCUUCUGGAACAUGGCAGGUCCAAGCCAACAGGCUGGGACCCCAGAGAUUCCCUCUGGGGGCUCGCAGUGCUACAUCAAUAACCUAGAUUACUUACUGCAAGAAAAGAGGAUGCUGGUGGAGAAGUUCUCCGUGUCCCUGCAGGUCAUCUCGCCAGUGCAUCCGGGUGAAACUGUAUUCUUGCCUAGGCGUCACCCUUUGCCUUGCUUCCUGGACUCCUCUCGUCUAAAGCCGCACAGCCCAUUGGAAGAGCUGUUCCUCAGGUCCUCGCUGCCCGAGCAGCUCUCCUUCCUACACAAUGGCCUCCUGAGCAACCUCUACCUGCAUGCUGCUGACUGCCCUCAGCCUCUGCUGCAGUGGCUGUUCCAGUUGUUAACAUGGCCUCCAGAAACAUCUUCAAGAGCUUUUGGCCUCCUCUGGGAUCUCAGUAUAGAUGGACUGUUCCGUCAGCCUGAUGAAGACAUGCAUUUCUGGUGUCCCUCACUGCAGGAGGUCAAAAAGGUGUUCAGCAGCCUGGGAGCCUACAACCCUGCCCUGUACCCACAGGGGCCCUUCCAGCACAGCUCAAGGGUGCUUGAGAGUGAGGCCAGCCUGGACUCACAGGAUCCUCCCCAGGAAGUGGCCUUGGACAUUAAGUUGAACUACAUCUACAGGUUCCUGAUCCUGUGUCUCCUAGUCCGGCCAGCCUCCUACACGGAUGCCAGCAUCUUGGAUCUGAUGGAGCUGCUGUGCCGCGCAGGCCUGGAUGUAGGGUUGUGCCUGCUACCCAAGAGUGACCUCCAGCAACUCCUGCUCCUGCUGCUGGAGAGAAUCCAAGAGUGGCCUGGAAAGCUCCAGCCCCUUUGCUGCGCCCUGAGCUGGGUGUCCGACCACCACCACAACCUGCUGGCCCUCGUGCAGUUCUUCCUGGAUGUGACGCCUCGGGGCAGGCAGCUGAGAAGUCAGCUGAGUCUUGUGAUUAUUGCCCGGAUGCUGGGCCAGCAGGAGUCACUUCCUUUCUCGGCAGAGAAAACCCAGCUAGCCCUGCUCAGCCAGCAGCUCAGCCUCAUGAGGCCUUCGUCCCUCAGGCAGUGUCUGGGCAUUGAAACCUUGCCAUCCAGUCUAGGGCAAUACUCAAAGGCCAGUGCUGAGCUAGACUACAAGGUCUGCUAUCUGUGCCACAGCCUCCUGACACUAGCUGGGGUCGUGGUCAGUAGCCAGGAUAUUACUCCCAACCAAUGGGGCGAGCUGCAGCUGUUGUGCAUGCAGUUGGACCGUCAUAUCAGCACCCAUAUCCGGGAGAGCCCUCAGGCCAUGCACCGGACCAAACUCAAGGACCUAGCUACCCAGACUUACAUCCGCUGGCAGGACUUGCUGGCCCACUGUCAGCCCCAGGGUCAGUACUUCAGCCCUUGGAAAGACAUUUAAAGGGAUAAGAGCAAAGUGGCCCAAGGCUGUGGACUGGAGCAGGAAGAGAACUGUAGGAGGUGAAGAAUGGAGCCGGAGGAGGCCCAGCUUGGUGAAGGUAGACUACUGCCACCACCCAGCAAGGGGUUCUUGUGUCCUGACCAUCCCCACCCUUGAGCUCCCCCACCUGCACAGCUGUCUCUUCUGUCCUGGGCUCUCCCUGUUGGCCACUGUCUUUCCCACAACCUGCCCUCUCUGCCCAUCUUGAAUAUGAGGUUCAUGUGUGCAUAUUAAAGUGUUAUUUCCAGCA